GGGGUGGCUGAGAGGGUGAUGUCUGCGGGUCCUCUGGGGCCGGGGAGAGACGAAGAGGCGGCGCUGCUACUCGAGAAGUCCCAUUAUCGGCACGACCCGUGCUGGCUGCUGCCCGUGCCCCCGCGACUCUGCCUUGCCUGCGCGUUGGAGCUGCUGCCGGAGCCCGGCGUGUCGUUGGUACGCAAGAAGCACGUGCUGUCCUGUUUACAAGAUGCUCUUGUAAGGCACACCUCCCUCAUCACGCAGCUGGUGGCUCAGGACCAGAGAGUCUGCGUUCACUUCAUAAGCAUGCUUUUUGGACUAUUAUGCAGUGUGGAAGAUGGGAGUACAACAGACCUCUGUAUUGAAGUCCUUAUCCAGCUUAUAACUCAGCUGAAGCUGGAGCAGACCCUCCAUUGCCUGUUGGAUGAGUGCUACAGAGAGCUGUGUAACAUGCCCUCCAUGCGAGGCAGCCUGGCCACUCUGACGCUUCUCGGCAAGUUGGUGGAUGCCAUCCCUGCUUUGGCAGACAUGCUUGUAAUGGAGCACAGCAACCUGAUGGGACAUCUGUUGAGAGGUCUGGUGUACCCCAAUGAGAUGGUGCAAGCUUCUGUCUGUUACCUGUACGGGAAGCUGUAUGCUGCACCAAGAGCAGCUGAGAUGCUUUCCGGCCAUUUCCGGGAGAAGCUGUGUCCACUCUUCCUUUCUACCAUGAACAGUGCCCAGACAAAGGAACUACAGAUCAACUGCUUGGGUUUGCUGAGGCAGCUGCUGAAGUAUGACCUCUUUGUGACCAUGCUCAUGAACAAGCCUCCACUACUGGAAAGUGCUGAGAGUGUUGAGGGGCCACCACGAGAGACCUCACUGCCUUUAGUGCUCAAAAAGCUUCUCUUAUCUAGAGAUGAAACUCUGCAGGUGGCCAGUGCCCACUGUAUAACUGCAGUGCUGGUGCACUCCCCAGUGAAGCAUGCCCCGGCCUUCAUCCACGCGGAUAUCCCAGAGUUCCUCUUUGAGCAUCUUUCCUCCUCCAGUGAAGUGCUUGUCUGGUCCGUCUACAGCUGCUUGAUACUCCUGGCUGAAGAGCCACUCUUCUUCUCCAAGUGUCACACAGUAUAUGGCAUCGAGUCGGUGGUGAGGAGCCUGCAGGGCAGCCUGAAGGUGAACAACACAGAGCUGCACAAGCAAGGCCUGCUGCUCUUUGCUGAGAUCCUGACUCGGCAGCCAGAGGAGAUCAAGCUAUUUACAAGCUCAGCCAUGUGCCGAGAUGCAGGCUGCGCCCUGAAAGAGGCAGUGAGCAGCCCUGUGCUAGAGGUGGCAGCCGAGGCAGUCAAGGCCAUUUCUGCAUUUCUAAGGAAAGACCACCAGAGCUCUCCACCAGUGCAAUACAGGGAACUACGGGCCCUGAUUGAAGCCAUGCUGAACCGGUGUGCAGAUCUUUCUGUGAUCCCAGUGAACAGGAGACCUCUGGGCCACACCUCCAGUAGAGAUUCUGAGAAGGCCAUUCUGAGAAGGGGGCAGUUCCUCCUGAGCACCCUGGAGGGAUUUCGGAAUGCCUGCAGGCUGGCUGUGGAAUUCCAGAGUGAACCCUCGGCCCAGGAGAAUCCAUUCACUGCUCCCAGCGCCGAAAAGGAAGACACCUUGCAGGACUUCUCAGAAUUUCUCCUCAGUGUCUGUGACUCUCUGUGUGUUCCCAUGGUGAUGAGGCAUAUGGAGCAGGCCACCCAGCCAGCCCUGAUGGAAGUUUUCCUCUCGACUCUACACAUCCUCUUGGUCAUCGUUCCCCACAUGAGGGAGAAGUUCUCCAAGAAGCUUGCUGCCUCGUCCUUCAUACGACUGACCCUGGAGCUGAAGGCCAGGUUCUGCAGUGACCUGAGUCACUCAGCCCUAAACCAGGCGUGUUCCGGUUUCCUCUGCUACAUGUGCCUCAGUCUCCUCUCUGCUCCAGAGAAGACAAGACCGCCUUCUCAAGAAGAGCUCUCUGCACUCUCUGAACUCCUGCAGCUAGGGCUGCCCCAGAUAAGCAGCAGGGUGCCCGAAAGCCUUGCCUUCCUGUCUGAUCGCCAGUAUGUGGAGGGAGCGGCUCGCAAGCGACAGUAUUGCAUCCUGCUUCUCUUCUACCUGGCCUGCAUCCAUGGGGACAGGUUUGUUUCCGAGGCAGAAUUAUUUGUGGCCGUGCAAGGCUUUCUCCUGUCUCUGCAGGACCAGGGCGAGCGUCCCCCACCAGUGGUCUUCAGAGCCUCCAUCUAUCUGCUUGCCAUCUGCCAGGACAAGGACGGUGCCCUCGAUGAGGCUGUGGUCAGUGCCAUCAGAAAAUUCCUAGAGGGCAUCCUGGACCUGCAACUGGUCUACACUCACCACCCUCACCUGCUCAGGUUCUUCCUGUUAUAUCCAGAGCUGAUGAGUAGGUUUGGGCACCGUGUCCUGGAACUCUGGUUCUCUUGGGAGGAGAUCAGCCACGAGGAGUUGGACAGCGUUCCCUCUGCUGGGCAGCCCAUGUUUCCUGCUAGCUUGGCAGCCCUAUUCUUCAUCCUCAGAAGCAGCCCCAGCAUCCUGCUCAUCUUGCUGGAUCUCAUCUACUCCAGCCCAGUGGACACAGCCCGUAAGGUGUUGAUCGUCUUGAAGACCUUUCUGAGGAGAAAUGAAGAUGUCCACGUGGGUGGUCUUAUCCAAGGCCACUUCCUGCUACUUCUGCAGCAUCUGCUGGUGGAGAAUGGGCCCUCUACCUCAGGAGCCUCGGGGAACCUGCACUUGCUGCUGAGCCUCCUCUCCUUGGUGCAGCUGAGAAGCCGCUCAGAGCGGGAGCUGGACAGCGUGGCCGUGAAGCUCCUCCACCAGGUGAGCAAGCUGUGUGGGAAAUGCAGCCCCAUGGACGUGGACAUCCUACAGCCCUCCUUCAACUUCCUGUACUGGAGCCUUCAUCAGACCACGCCAGACAGUCGGCAAAGAGCCGCUGCUGUGCUCCUGAGCAGCACGACCCUGAUGGAGCUUCUGGAGAAGCUGCUGGCACUCACCCCGACCGUGGCGGGCCCUCCUGGAAGCGAAGGCGGGCUCCUCUGCUCUGCCUGGCUGCUCACUGCCUCGCUCUCCACCCAGCAGCACAGUAGCAAUUUGCAGGUUCACCAGACACUGUCCGUGGAACUGGACCGCAUAUUGAAUAUCCUCAGCUUCCCCAGGAAACGGGCUGGACUGCUCUCAGCUGCCAUUGUACACUUCCUGCGGACAGCCCUGCAACAAGGCUUCUCCUCUGCGCUCGUGACCCUGGUGCCCUCAGCAGCCCAGCCACUGCCAGCUCCCGAGGACAAGGUGCUGGCUCCACUGGAAACAUCACAAGUGCUGUCCCUGGUCAUUGGGCUGCAGAACCUCCUGGUGCAGAAGGACCCUCUGCUGUCCCAGGCCUGUGUUGCCUGCCUGGAGGCCUUGCUUGAUUUCCUGCAUGUCCGGAGCCCAGAUUUUGGUAGACGCAUCUGGGUGAGAGCGAUGCUGACCAUUGGGUGUGGGCAUCUCUCCCCGGGUCAGUUUGUGCGGUUCCGGAGCACCACCACCCUCUCUCCUGAAGAAGUGGGUCAUGUCCUACGAGAUGCGGCGAUGGUGGACCUGUCUGCACUUUCCAGCACUGCACUGCAGGCUCUGCGUGGCUUCUUCCUGCAGGUCCAGCGUGUGGGCCUCCUGGCCGAUCCCAGCACAGCCCAGACACUACAGGCAUCCUUGGAGGGCCUUUUGCCCCAGGCUUUCUCAGCCCAGUCACCCCUGCAAGACAUGCUCUGCCUGGGAGGAGUGGCCGUAUCCCUGUCCCACAUCAGAAACUGA